CAAAGACGUGCAAAGAUGGUUUGAUUCUGGAGGAUAACUGCGCCCGAACCCUCGGAACCUGGAACCCUAAUUUUGCGAGCGUUUUGUGGCAAAGGGACGCCCCUGAAAUUUGAAAAGUCAAUUCUCUGCUGUUGACAUCGCUUGCUGGAGCGCGUUCCCUUCCAAAGCUCGCACCAUGGCGCAUUCUGCAGCGUUGUUGGACGUUCGACUUGCAGCUUUUCCAUCUCUAGAGUGCCAACAAUGGAGAGCUGGCCUCGUUGGCCAGCUUUCACUUCCUUGCAGAUUAGGGUUCCAACUUUCUUCCCAAAGCCAAUGCAGCUCUUCUGUCUGCUGCCAGAUAUCCAAGAAUACAGCAAAAAGACAUACAGGCUUCUCUUACGGUGCCUCUAGCUCGAGAUUCUCAAAAGAAAGCGCACGUGAACCAAGAAAAAGUUUUAGGGUUUGUGCGCAAGGGAACGCUGAUGGCAGUGGGGAUGAGGUGGAAGCACAAAGACAGGCUUCGGCGGCGCAAUCGGAGCCCAGGCCCGUUCAAGAGGUGGAGUCUGGGGAAAGAGUUGACACCGAGUUGAAGCUGAAGAGACAGUCCCAAAUAGCCGUCCAGUUUGGCCGGCACUACGAGAUCAUGUACCUGAUAUCUGAAAAGGAGAUAGAGAACGUGCCACGCAUUAUCAAUUUCUAUCGAGGCUGUGUAGAAAAGAACGGGGGCAUCGUGUGGCGGCUGAACGACUGGGGCGUACGGCAGCUAGCCUACCGGAUAAAGAAGCAGCGACGUGCCAACUACGUGCUCAUGAACUUCGAGUGCAUACCGGGGCUUAUGGUCGCCAUCGAGAAAGUAAUGAGACAAGACCCCAGGAUCAUUCGGCAACUUAUCGUCAAGCAAAAGCGCGCAAUCACAAAGCCCUGCCCGCCGCCGCCUGAAUACCGGAGGCCCGAGAUCGGAAGCUUGCUUCAGAAAGACGAUGAUGGGAAUAUCAUUGCACUCCAAGAUGAGGACGAGUGGGAAGAAUACGAUGAGUACGAAGAGUACGAGGAAGGUUUUGACGAGUUUGAUGAAGGGGAGGAGGGCGACUUCUUGUUCGAAGAGGAGGACGAAGAUGAGCUAGACUAUGAGGAAGACGGGGAAGAGGACAGAUUAGAAGGGGCAAAGCCGUCAAAGGAAGCCUUGAGACAACAAUGAAAAAGAAUGUGAGGUGCGUUUAGUCUCGAGUCACAGCCAUUCUUGUGCGGCCAGGUCGCUCAUUUACA